UUUUAUAUAUUAUUUUUAGAUUAAGAUUUCAUUACAGAGAGAUGAGUAAUUGGCCUAAUAAUGUUGGCAUCUGCUACAUAGAAGUUUACAUUCCAAAGUAUUUUGUUAGUCAAGAAAAACUAGAGAUUUUCGAUGGAGUGAGUACAGGUAAAUAUACAAUUGGUCUUGGACAAAAGAACAUGGGAUUUUUUGGUGACUUAGAAGAUAUCAAUUCCUUAUGUUUAACAGUUGUUCACAAUCUUCUUGAAAAUCAUAAAAUUGAUCCAAAGGCAAUUGGUCGGUUAGAGGUUGGAACAGAAACUAUAAUUGAUAAGUCAAAAUCAGUGAAAACUGUCUUAAUGCAGUUGUUUGAAAGUUAUGGAAACACAGAUAUUGAAGGUGUUGAUACAAAAAAUGCAUGCUAUGGAGGGACAUCAGCACUCUUUAAUGCAAUUAAUUGGAUAGAAAGUAGUUAUUGGGAUGGCAGAUUAGCGAUUGUAGUUACUGCUGAUAUUGCAGUUUAUGCUGCAGGAAAUGCUCGGUGUACUGGAGGUGGAGGCGCUAUUGCAUUGGUUGUUGGUCCUAACGCACCUCUUGUUUUUGAUCGUGGUUUAAGAGCUACACAUAUGGCUCAUGUCUAUGACUUUUAUAAACCUAACCUUUCAUCUGAGUAUCCAGUUAUCAAUGGUAAGCUAUCUGUAAGCAGUUACAUAUCUGCACUUGAUGCUUGCUAUUCUCAAUAUAGAAAUAAGUUCAUGAAAAAAUUUUCUAGUGAGUUUUUUAGUUUAGCUGAUAUUGACUUCAUGGUGUUUCAUACUCCAUACUGCAAGCUGGUGCAAAAAUCAGUUGGUAGAUGUAUGUUGCAAGACUUUUUAAAUGGAAAUGAUAGAACUAAUGGAAAAUAUCCUUUGUUCGAAAAGUAUUCACAUUUAAGUUUGAAGGAGUCCUUAGAAGACUUCGAUUUAUUAAAAGACAUAGAAAGAGUUUCAGUUGCAUAUAGUUUAGACAUUUUUCAUAAGAAAACACAAUUAUCCACAAAGUUGGCCAGUUUAGUAGGAAAUAUGUAUACAUCAUCGCUUUAUGGAAGUCUUGUUAGCCUGUUAAUGAAUGUGGGAGAAAAUGAUUUAAUUGGCAAAAGAGUUUUACUUUUUUCUUAUGGAUCUGGUUUAGCAUCAUCUAUGUUUUCUUUGACAAUAUGCCCUAGUGAAAAUUUGAGAAGUAGUUUGGUCACUAUGUUAGAUUCAUUACAGAGCAUAAAUGUGCUGUUGGAUCAAAGAUUAGAAAUUGAACCUGAAAAAUUUGUGAAAAUUUUAGAGCUUCGUGAAAAAAGUAGCAAUGUUCCUAACUUUUCUCCAACUUGCAGUUAUAUUGAUCUUGUUCCUGGAACUUACUACUUGACAAAAAUCAAUUCAGAAUUUAAACGUUAUUAUGAAAGAAAAGAAAAAGAAUAAUAACUUUUUAUAGGAUUUAUUUUUUAAUUUUUAAAAUAAAUGUAUUUUUAAUUUAAUUUCUUUUGUAGAUUUUUUUAACUUUAUUGAUAUGCAAAUGAUUUGAAAAAGUAUUGAAUGCCCUUAAAAAUAAAUUUUGAUUUAUUAUUUGAAUUAAAGAUUUGUAACUUGUUGUCUUGAAAUUUCUUUUUUCUUUGUAGAGUCCUUUUAUUAGAUUAUUUGAGGUGGUGAGAAUCAGCAUGGUGUAAGUCAAAAAAAAAAGUCAAUAUUUAUUAUUUUUUAUAAGAUAACACAAUUAUCCACAAAGUUAUCCAGUUUAGUGGGAAAUAUGCAUCAUCGCUAUAUGGGAGUUUAAUGCCAUCAUUCUAUUAAAAUUGAGACUAGUAAGUUUAUGUAAGAAAAACUUGCAACUUUAUAAAUUUAGUUUGUAGGACUUUUUCUACAGUAAAUCUAAUAAAACCUAAAAAAACUCAAAUUGAGGAAACGUUGACUCACACCAUUCUGAUGCACACCGGCUCAUUUUGUUAUAAAAAAAUCAAAAGAAAAAACGGAAAAUCACAUUUUUUAUUUUGUAAAGAAAUUUUCAAGUUAAUAAAAGAAUUUACAUAUAAUUUAAUUUAUAACAAUUAUUAGUACUUUGUAUUGGUUUUAUACUAAUAUAAACGUAAUACGACUUCUCUCAA